AUGUCCAUCAGCAUGCAGGGCUCCGGAAGAGAGUGUGGGAAAACUCUCCUCGUAUGGCGCAUCUUUGCGUUCGCGAGCAUCCCGCUCAAAGUAGGACCCAUCGAACGAGAUGCUGAAAGUGCCUCCGACAGGCAUGCCCAAUCAUCCUCCAAUGAGGAAAUGAACUAUGCUGAAGCACGGCCAACUUUGCAAGAUGGCGAAUUUGGCCGUGUCGAUCCCACUGGCUGGUAUCCAUACUACAAGGUCUGCAUGAAGCAUUUCCUGGAAGUCGGCCAGUAUAAUCCUACCGUUCAAUCUUUGGCUUCCUUUUUGAACAUCCGUCUGCCAUUCCAAAACCCAUUGGGAAAUGGUACAACCACAUCGGACGCCGCUCCAUAUGUUUCUUUGCGGCUAUAUGUUCGGCGUCUUAUUGUGACCGCCCAAGACUCGCCCACGACCAUGCAAGCGUUUUUUGGUGACGACUGGGAAGCCGGCGUUGGGUGUAUCUACAAGCAAGAACGCUCGAACUACCUCUUCACAGCCAAAAGUGGUGGUUGGGCAUCGACGAAGGCUGCGUACGACAUUCUGCCCGAUGAGCAGGUGCCAUUCUUACGCCCCCUUCGUGAGCCAUCCGAGGAGGAAAUUCGCAUUGCCGAAGCACGGUGGAGCGAAUGGCUCGCCAUGGAGGACUGGAUGGUUGGGGCCCGCAGCCCGUGGUAA